AUGGGUGCCAAGCAGACCAAAGGCCAGGAGCCUGGAGGGGCCAGCCCUCAGCACAGCUGGAAGCGCACACCCACCAAGGAGCGGGGAGACAUCUUGGCGUCCCUCAUGCUGAAGUCGGGGGACCGGCUGAGCCGCGGCGGGACUCCACCGCCCUACCAGCGCCGCAUCGGCAUGAUCCAGGAGAUGAUGCUGAUGGCGAAGCAGGGCAAGCAGGACGAGGCCACAGAGAUGCUGAAGACACUCCGACAGGACCUGGGCAUGGAGUCCACAUCUCUCGAUGAUGUGUUGUACCGUUAUGCCAGCUUCAGAAACCUGGUUGACCCCAUCACGCACGACCUGAUUAUCAGCCUGGCACGAUAUGUCCACUGCCCCAAGACGGAGGGCGACUCUCUGGGAGCGAUGGAGAAGGUUUGUCGGCAGCUCACCUACCAUCUCAGCCCCCACUCUCAGUGGAGGAGACAGGGCCUGCUCAAGAGGAAACCUCAGGCCUGUUUGAAGGCGGUGCUGUCGGCCCCUCUGUCCAGCGGGGCGUUGGAUCUGUCCGGUAUCCCGCUGACGGCCCGGGACAUGGAGCGUCUGUGUAUACACCUACAGCGCCACGCGUCCACCGUGGUCAGCUUGGAGCUGGGCUUCACCGAGCUGACAGACGAGGCGUUUCUCCUGCUCCUGCCCACGCUGGCCGCCCUGCCACACCUGGAGACCCUGGCACUGAACGGAAACAGGCUGACCAGAACUAUUCUGAAGGAACUGACUGAUGCCCUCAAGGAUCCAGGCAGCUUCCCUAGCGUGACAUGGAUUGACUUGGGCAACAAUGUGGACAUCUUCUCCCUGCCGCAGCCCUUUCUGGUCAGCCUGAGGAAGCGCUGUCCCAAGCAGGGAAACCUGCCCACCAUCCUGGAGUUCGGAGAGAGUCAGGCCAGCGACCCCCCGGAGAGGCUGAGGGGUCUCGGCGAAGAGGACGAGACGGAUGACACCAAUCGGACUGAGAGCAUGGGGGAGCUCCGGUCAGAGGUGGAGGAGGAGCUGGACGGAGAGAUGGAGAUAGAGGAGAUGAUGGAGGAGCUGCUGGACUUCGACAGGGAGGUGCAGGGGAAGGAGGAUGAGGAUGAGAGCAUGUGGACACUGGAGGAGCAGAGAAAAGUGGGGAGGAGGAGUAGAAGGAGAGGGGAGGAGGGGAGGGCCAAGGAGGAGGCACAGAGGAAAGAGCAGCCACGGGGGACGAGGGCGGCGAUGGUGGAGGACGAGGACGACACACAGAGCCACUCCUCCCGCCUGUCCUGCUCCAGCCAGUCGCAGCACUCCUCUGGAGCCGUUGAGCCUAUGAGAGCUGAGGAGGACGACUUAGACGAGGUGACCGACCAAUCAGACCACUUGACCUGA